AUGAAAAAAGAUUCUGAUAGAGCAUUCUAUCAUUUAACACGACCAAGAAAUGUACUUUUCUUCGAGCAAUGGAUGGAGCCAAAGUUGGAAUUUGAUAACAUAGAGGUCCCAUUAGAUCAACAACCGCCAAAUGAGGAUGAUGAAGACUUGGUUCCCCAAUCCCAAUACCAUGGUUUUGGAGCUUCGAAAAUAAGAAAUAGAGAGAAACAUACUGAUUGGUUGGAUUUGGGUCUAGAUGAAUUGUCUGUUAGGGGUCCUGGUGAAUUUGAUAAAACUGUAAUCGAACCACCGAUGUUUGGAAAGGGGAGCAAAGACGAGUUUAUUGACCCCCGAGAGCGACCUGCUGUUUCGAGAAAAAGCUCCAACCAAAUGGGAAGUAGUAACAUCCAAGUCCCCGGUGGAUCUACCAAUAGCCCGGGAAGUGGACCCCAUUCCCCAAUGACGGCAGGAACUAGUACUGUUGGAGUGACCCGACGAUUUGACAGAGGACGAGCUCCUCGGUAA